CCGAAGGUGUUUUAUUGAACCAUUGGUACUCAUGCGCGGUAUUUCGUUGAGGUUUUUAUUUGUCGUGUUACUGCAAAUGAUGGAACGAAGUUUUCUUCAUCGCCCACUUGACCUUCAUCAGACACGGGAAGACCAAAACGAUAAUACACACGAUAUAAGUGAUGACGAAGCCAAGGAUAGUGUUUGGUCCUCUGAUAUAGAGCAAAGUUUUCAGGAGGCAUUGAUCAUUUAUCCUCCGUGUGGAAGACGGAAGAUCGUCUUAUCAGAUGAAGGAAAAAUGUUCGGAAGGAAUGAAUUGAUUGCUCGGUACAUCAAGCUACGAACAGGAAAGACCAGAACCCGUAAACAAGUCUCCAGUCACAUACAAGUGCUUGCACGUCGCAGAACCAAAGAAUCCAACGACGAUGAAUAUGAUUCAGACGAAAUGGACUCACUGGGGGAGGUUGCACGGAAUAGAGCACUAUGUUCAUUUGCACAAUCCUCUGGGGAAAGACGUGUGUCACGUUUCCCAAAUCAUGCCCACGGUGAGAAAACGCUGCAUGUGCUACUUGACCCGUUGAAUUCGCAUCCCUUGAGGCCCACCUUUUUAUUCAUGUAGGACAAUUUCUUACAAAGCUGCUGUGUUAGACUGCUUACUGUAGCUGGGCUACUGGCUUUGGAUUUUGAAAAAUUACUUCUUUCUGUUGCGCAUGUUCUGUGACCUCGGGUAAAAUCCCUUUAAUAAAUUUAGUUUCCUUGUA